AUGGCGAGGCUGCUGAUUGAGAGCGGCGCCAAUUUUGAGGCAAAGAACGAUAGGGGCGCCACACCGCUCUUUUUAGCUGCGGGUAGUGGGCACGAGGCCAUGGCGAGGCUGCUGAUCGAGAAAGGCGCUGAUCUCGAGGCAAAGGGCGAAAAUGGCGUUACACCGCUACGAAGCGCUGUGAAAAAUGGGCAUAAGGCUGUGGCUAAGCUCCUUGUUGAAAAAGGUGCUAGAAAAGGAUUACGGGACCGCCUCUUUAUGUAA